UCGAACGAAAAAUGAAUGUCACGAAGAAAUGUCACGUUUGAUAGCUUUAUCAAAGAGGUAUUUGUUUCAACUUUGAAGCGAGUAAUAUUUUUUAUUAUAUGCGAUUUUUUAAAAAUGUUGAAUUAAAAGCGAAUGUCACUGUGUACAAUUCACUGUAAAAAUAAUAAACGCUAGAUAACCUAUAAAAACAAUGCAUGUAUCAAUAAUGAAAGUUCGUGAAAUAUUUCAGUUUUAUCAAAAACUUUUAAAUCGUAGACCUUAUUUAGUGCAGGCUGUACAAACUGGAACUUUAAUGGGUGCAGGAGAUAUUAUAUCUCAAACUUUAAUUGAGAAAAAAUCUUUAAAAGAAUUUGAUUACAGUAGAACAUUGAAGUUUUCUUCAAUUGGUUUCUGUUUUGGUGGUCCAGCUUUAAGAGUGUGGUAUGGGCUUUUGAACCGUCAUGUUGGUUCGAGUGGUAAAACAGUGGCUAUGAAGAAAGUUUUCGUUGACCAAGUUGUGUUUGCACCAACUUUUCUAUUUUCUUUGCUUGUGGCUCUUGGCACAUUACAAGGAAAGAAGUGGGAUGCUAUACAGAAUGAUAUAAAUGCAAAUUAUUUUGAUAUUUUAAAGACCAAUUAUUACAUUUGGCCUUGGGUGCAAUUGGUAAACUUUUACUAUGUGCCUCUGCAGUAUCAAGUACUAGUGGUACAAUCAGUAGCUCUUUUUUGGAAUACAUAUUUGUCCUACAAGACAAAUAGGAAGACAUUAAUAGAAUAAAAGUUGUGUAAGCUUGGAUAAAACCAAACAAGCCACAUACUCUGCAUAGGUAUAUAAUAAAAAAAUAAAACUUAGUUACUUACUAAAGUAAAAUAAACAAAUGUAAAAUUGUAACAAGAUUUAAAAAUUCAACAAUACAAUAUUUCUACAGCUUUGCUUGUUGAAACGAAAAAAAAAAUGCAGAGAUUAUUAAGUUAUUUUUAGUUUUAGGACAUUUUGAAUAUAGUAUUAAAUAGCUAUUAAACUAACUAGUUCAAGCCAUGCUUUGUUUUUGUGAUAAUAUUGUGAUGUAUCAAGAUUUAAUAAUAAUUUACAUUUAAUUUGCCAAGUACCUAUAUAGAUUUCAAUUGGGAGGUAAAUCAGAGAUUCAAUAUUCUAUUAAGUAACUAAUUAGUGUGUUGAGUUUUUGAUGAAGAGUGAGUUGUAUUAUUUUAGAAUGAUUAAUUAUUGUUAUAAAUUUUCUUACUUUUUCAAUAAAUGAUGACAAAUCUUAUCAUAUGA